AUGUACCUCCGAGCCAUCCAUACGGAGACAUCGCUCGUGACCCUGCGACAGCUGAUCCGCAGCAACCCACUCGGCGUCCUUACCACUGCCAUCCCCUCGAAGCGUUAUCCUUUCCUCUUAUCCACCCACAUACCAUGGAUUCUAGAUGUUGAAGACGAAGCCAGCGAGACCGAGCUUGGCACCCUCCGCGGCCAUCUCGCCCGAGCAAAUCCUCAAAGCAAGACCAUCAUCGACAACCUCGAAACUGCAUCGAAGCCAAAUGGCUCCUACCUAGAAGAAGAGGUUCUCGUUCUCUUUACAGCGGCAGCACACCACUACAUCACGCCCAAAUUUUACACUGAGACCAAGCCCGAGUCUGGGAAAGUCGUGCCGACAUGGAACUAUGCUGCGGCGCAAGCCUACGGGAAAGCGAGGAUCUAUUUUGACUCCAAAUCACCUGAGACCGGGGCCUUCCUGUCGCAACAGAUUCACGAUCUGUCUGAACAUGCUGAGAAGUCGGUCAUGGGCUAUGAUGGGGAAGAGGGGAGGGCGGGAUCUUGGAAAGUGGCGGAUGCGCCAGAGAAGUAUAUUGAGCUGCUACAGAAAGCUAUCAUUGGCAUUGAGAUCAAGCUUGAUCGCCUGGAAGGCAAGUUCAAGAUGAGUCAAGAGAGCCCAAAGGGUGAUCGGGAGGGUGUCAUCAAGGGUUUCGAGGCGCUCGGGUCAGAGACGGGGAAUGUGAUGGCGGAUUUAGUGAGGCAGAGGGGGGAGCUGAAAGACGCCGGGAAGUCAGGUUGA